CCACCCCGCCGUCCAAGAGGCUGCUCAUCCAUCCAUCCCAACAACACACUGCGCUGCAACGAGACGCUCCACCAGCGUUCACACGCACCACAACAACAACACAACUCUGCACGUCUGCUGGAUGUUGAGAUGCUCGGUGGAGUCUGAUGCUGUUCUUCCUUCCUCCUGAAACGAACGCCAGCACGAUGCCAGAGCCCGGGAUGGAGCGACUGGAUUAAUAAAAGAAAGGCAGCGCAAAUAGGACUGGUCCACAAACAGAGGCUUCAUUUUGCCAGCAGUCAACAUGGCCGUGAACAUGCUCCCAUCUCCUGCGUGGUCCGGGGAGGAACAACCAUCGCUGCUGGACCAGGACGCCUCUCAGUCAAGCCAAGCCUCCGUCUCCUUCUCCAUGCCCUGCCCACAGCUGUCCAUCGGUGAACCCCUCAUCCACGGCGGCAGCAGCCCGGCCAGCACGCGGCCCCCCCGCAGCAAAUCCAAAGGAGAGCUGGUCAUCGUCAUCAACGAGAAACUGCAGAACAGUAAUGGGAUUCAUCCAGUUCCUGCAGAAACCACCUCUCCAGUCAUCUCCUCUCCUCCCAGAAGACAACACUCCAUCUCCUCUUACCCCCAUCACAACAAGACCAGGAAGGGCAGCAGGGCCAGCUCCAUCGGCUACACCGCCUUUUCCCCGAGGCCGUCCAUUUCUCGCCACUCCAGCAUCGCCACCGUCCCGCCCCUGGACCGCACCAAGGUGAAGGACUACCUCCUGCUGUCCGUGCUGGCCUGCUUCUGCCCCGUCUGGCCCAUAAACAUCGUGGGAUUCGUCUACUCCAUCAUGGCCAAGAACAGCCUGGAGCAGGGAAACCUGGACGGUGCCGUGCGCCUGGGCCGCGUGGCCAAGAUGCUCUCCAUCGUUUCACUGGUUGGAGGGACGUUCAUCAUCAUCGCCUGCAUUGUCAACCUGGCCAUAAAUGUGAAAACCUGAGUUUCAUCCCAGGGUGAAACUGGAUAGGACAACUGACCGACUGGCCCUCACCUGCACCACCGUCUUUACCACCUAGUCAUUACCUGGAUGUGUGACCAAUAUACACCCAAUAUACUCAUAUUUCUGUAAUCUAUAGAGGUCCUUUUUCGCC